AGCAAGGAGCAGGAGCCGCACCAGGAGCAGGAGCAGGAGCAGGAGCCGCACCAGGAGCAGGAGCAGGACCAGCUGGAAUCUGGAGUAGGAGCAGCUACUGGAGCUUACUUGUUGCCAGGGAGCAGCAGCUGGUGAAAUCACUGGCCCUGAGAGCUCACCAUCAGCCUGUCCCCACGCUGCAGGAUCCUGAAUGAAACCAUGAGCUUCUUAUUUGGAAACCGUUCAUCUAAGACCUUCAAGCCAAGGAAGAACAUUCCAGAAGGUUCCCAUCAGUAUGAGCUGCUGAAACAUGCAGAGGCCACUCUGGGCAGUGGUAAUCUCCGCCUGGCUGUGAUGUUACCAGACGGUGAAGAUCUGAAUGAAUGGAUUGCUGUCAAUACUGUGGAUUUCUUCAAUCAGAUUAACCUGCUGUAUGGAACAAUAACCGAUUACUGCACAGAGGAUGGUUGCCCUGUUAUGUCGGCUGGGCCCAAGUAUGAGUAUCACUGGGCGGAUGGAACAAACAUAAAGAAACCGAUUAAAUGCUCAGCACCAAAGUACAUUGAUUACCUGAUGACCUGGGUACAGGACCAGCUCGAUGAUGAGACUCUGUUUCCGUCCAAAAUAGGUAAGGUCUUCACAGUUCAACCCUGGCCACACCGGAAUGUAUAUUUAUUACAAUCUCAAAGCCUUUGUAGAUUAAACGACAGCUGUGGCAGUAACUUUAGGGAAUUUCUUCACAAAUCAAAGGUCACAAUGCUAGGCAUCUGAUUACAGAGAAGAGAGGCAUCGCUGAAGCUUUACAUCUUGCAUUCAUCAGGAGAAAUGCAAGAACGGCAAAUUGCAC